GGCCAAGGGACAGUGAAACGGAACUGGAGCCAACCCAUGACCCGUCGCCAUGGCCAAUGAGAAGGAGACUGUGAAGAAGCCCGAAGAGGCCGGUGAAGAUGGGGACGUUGAGGAGGUGUCCGACAUUCCCAAGAUGGCGCUCGCCGACUUGAAAUUUGCGUACAGCAAAGCAUCCAGCGAUGCCCAGAAAGCCAUCCAGGAGCAGCUGUUGGAGGGUAUCAAGGCCGACAACAUGCAGCCUUUCUACCGCGAGUGCUGCGCUGACCUUGGCUGGCCCGUGGACCAGGCUCUGGAAGCCGAAAUGACCAAGGCCAACGAAGCCAAACUGGUCGAACUCGAUGCCGCCAUCAAGGAUGCCGAGGAGAACCUGGGCGAGGUCGAGGUGCGCGGUGCCUACACCAACAAAGCCAAACACUUUUGUACCAUCGGUGAUAAGGUGGCCACUGAGAAGGCCUUUGCUGAAGCCCAAAGCAAAGCCAUCUCCACCGGUCAACGCAUCGACAUGACCUUCUUCCUCAUUCGUCUGGGCCUCUUUCACCAUGAUCUGGACAUCUUGGCACGCAACAUUGCCAAGGCUGAUGAUCUGAUGGAGCAGGGUGGUGACUGGGACCGACGCAAUCGCCUCAAGGUCUACAAGGCAAUGUACAAGCUCAUGCAGCGCGACCUCAAGGGCUCGGCACAGCUCUUUUUGGAAAGCGUGUCCACCUUCACGGCCACUGAGGUCAUUUCCUACGCUGACCUCAUCGGCCUGACGGUUUUGCUGUCUCUCGUGGCUCUGCCCCGCCCUGAGCUGAAGAAGAAAGUGGUAGACGGACCUGAAAUCCAGGAAGUGCUUCACCAGCUCCCCCUGCACAAAAAGAUUCUCAUGAGUCUCUACAACUGUGCCUACGAAAACUUUUUUGAGUCACUCGUGGCGAUUGAUGACAUCAUCUCCCAGCACCGCCUCUUUAGCCAACACGCGGCCUACUACAUUCGCGAACUGCGAAUCAUGGCUUACUCCCAGUUGCUUCAAUCCUACCGCAGCGUGACGUUGGCGAGCAUGGCCCAGAUUUUUGGCGUUUCGGUCGAGUUUGUCGAUCAGGAGCUCUCGCGUUUUGUUGCCGCUGGUCGCCUCAACUGCAAGAUUGAUAAGGUCGGUGGCGUAGUGGAGACGACCCGCCCGGAUGAGAAAAACAAGCAGUAUGCGGACACCAUCAAAAAGGGUGAUCUUUUGCUCAACCGCAUUCAGAAGCUGAGUCAAGGCAUCAACAUCUAGGCUCUCUCCCCCUCUCUCGCUUCAAUCACCUCCGCUGUUUCUGUGCCGUGUUUGUACAUGUUGCCACGCAACCCUUUGUCGCCUUGCCUGUUUUGUGAAUUGGAUGGCGACCGCGU